UUAGCAACAGUGAGAGAGUGGUGUUUCUGAAACAAAGACCAAUGGCAAGGCCAUGCAGAGGCUCAUCCAAGAUUUGCAUCAUCUGUGACAGAGCCGUUCAAGAUGCCUUUCUCUUCUGCUCCAUAUUCUGCAAGCUUCAACACAUGAUGAAAAGCGGGGUCAAAUUAUCCGAUCAUAUAUGCAACCGCGAGUCUCUGGUGUUGCCGGAGCUGCUGGGUGUCGGAGAUGACCAGAUGACGCCGGAGACUGCCGUCGAGCCAACGGCGUCCGGUGAAAGCGGCGGCGCCAGCGCGGGAGGGAUGGAGACCACCACCACCACCACGGAGAUUGUGAAGAAGAAGCGGAGCGUAAGGUCGUGUGUCCGGCCAGAUUGAGGGCCGGCUCCGGCUGCCGUGAUGAACCGGCGGAGGAAGAACACACCUCACCGGUC